UCUGUGGUGAGGUGCCCAUGCUAGGAAGGACUGAGGGGGCUGGAAAGGCUUCCGUAAGGAAGUGGGGAGUAGGGCAGCUUGUGCAAAGGUCCUGAGGUGAGUAGCAUGUGCCAGGAGAGAUGGAAGAAAGCAGGGUGGCUGAGCACAGCCUGGCAUGAGGCUGGAGGGGCAGCCUGGGGGCCACUGGACCCUGCUUCUGAGCCACACGCCUGCCUGUCCUCAGUGAGCGGCCACGUGGAGACUCGGGUUCACGCAGAGGAACGGCUGCUGAAGAAACUCUUCUCUGGCUACAACAAGUGGUCCCGGCCCGUGGCCAACAUCUCGGACGUGGUCCUUGUUCACUUUGGCCUGUCCAUCGCCCAGCUCAUUGACGUGGACGAGAAGAACCAGAUGAUGACGACGAAUGUGUGGGUGAAGCAGGAGUGGCGGGACUAUAAGCUGCGCUGGGACCCCAGGGACUACGAGAACGUGACUUCCAUCCGCAUCCCCUCCGAGCUCAUCUGGCGGCCAGACAUCGUGCUCUACAACAACGCGGACGGGGACUUCACCGUCACCCACCUGACUAAGGCCCACCUGUUCCACGACGGGCGGGUGCAGUGGACGCCGCCUGCCAUCUACAAGAGCUCCUGCAGCAUCGACGUCACCUCCUUCCCCUUCGACCAGCAGAACUGCACCAUGAAGUUUGGGUCCUGGACCUACGACAAGGCCAAGGUCGACCUGGUGAGCAUGCACAGCCACGUGGACCGGCUGGGCUUCUGGGAGAGCGGCGAGUGGGUCCUCGUGGACGCCGUGGGCACCUACAACACCAGGAAGUACGAGUGCUGCGCUGAGGUGUACCCCGACAUCACCUACGCCUUCAUCAUCCGGCGCCUGCCGCUCUUCUACACCGUCAACCUCCUCAUCCCCUGCCUGCUCCUCUCCUGCCUCACGGUGCUGGUCUUCUACCUGCCCUCCCAGUGCGGCGAGAAGGUCACGCUGUGCAUCUCCGUGCUGCUGUCGCUCACCGUCUUCCUGCUGCUCAUCACCGAGAUCAUCCCCUCCACCUCCCUGGUCAUCCCGCUCAUCGGCGAAUACCUGCUCUUCACCAUGAUCUUCGUCACGCUCUCCAUCAUCAUCACCGUCUUCGUGCUCAACGUGCACCACCGCUCCCCGCGCACCCACUCCAUGCCCGCCUGGGUGCGCCGCGUCUUCCUGGACAUCGUGCCGCGGCUGCUCUUCAUGGAGCGGCCGCCCGUGAUCAAGGGCAACUGCCGGCGGCUCAUCGAAUCCAUGCACAGGAUGGCCAGUGCCCCUCGCUUCUGGCCGGAGCCUGAGGAGGAGCCCAACGUCAUGAGCAAAGUCCAGAGCCAGGGCCCCUCGCCCACCCCGUCCUUCUGUGCUCCCCUGGAUGCGCCAGGCAAGCCCCAGCCGGCCUGCACGUUGCCCUCAGACCAGGCGCCCACUCUGCAGCCAGCAGAGGCCGAGGAAGCCAGCCCCUGCCCGUCGUCCAGCCCCAGCCGCCCACCCACCAGCACCUGGGACCCGGGGCUUGCCAAAGCCCAGUCCCUGAGCAGCCAGCACAUGUCCAGCCCCAACAAAGCACCGGAGGGCGGCAUCCGGUGCCGGUCUCAAAGCGUCCAGCACUGCGUUCCUCAAGACGAGGCCACCGCCCAGGCCGGCGGCCCUAUGGCCAGCUCCCCUCCCUCCUGGCAGGCUCCCUGGACUGAGCUCUCACCUGCAGACCAGGCCUCUCCCUGCAAAUGUAAGUGCAAGGAGCUGUCCACAGGGUCCUCAAACACAGCGUUCAAAGCCCUCAACACCAACGACGUCCAGCACAUUGCAGCCCGCUUGAAGGCGGAAGACGCCGACUUCUCGGUGAAGGAGGACUGGAAGUACGUGGCCAUGGUCAUCGAUCGCAUCUUCCUCUGGGUGUUCGUCAUCGUCUGCCUGCUGGGGACCGCCGGCCUCUUCCUGCCGCCCUGGCUGGCCGGCAUGAUCUAGGGGCCAAAGCACUGUACGGAUUACUUUAAAAAUCAGAGCAGAAAA